AUUUUUUUUUGGUUCAAACCCUUCCUAUUCCCUCUCAGAUCAACAUGAGCGACAAGAAGCGCAAGCUCACCGAGGAGGCUGUGAAGCCCGAGGGCAAGAAGGCCAAGCGCGACGAGAAGAAAGAGAAAAAGGAGAAGUGCAAGGCCAAGGAUGUCGUUGAGGAAGUCGGAAUUGAAAAGGCUGCUACUGUAGAGAAGAAGGACAAGAAGGAGAAGAAGGAGAAGAAGGAGAAGAAGGAGAAGAAGGAGAAGAGGGAAAAGAAUGAGAAGAAGGAAAAGAAGGAAAAGAAGGAAAAGAAAGAAAAGAAAGAAAAGCCCAGUGACGAUGUGGAGGCCGCCGAAAACAACGAGGUAGAAAAGGAAGCACCCGAGGCUAUGGAUGUGGAUGUCCAGGAACCCCAGGCGGAGGAAAAGAAGAAGGACAAGAAGGCUAAGAAGGCCAAGAAGGACGACACGAACGUCCAAACAGAAACCUCGUCUGCUGAGGCUCCAGCGGAGGAGUCCGCCCAAGCAGAGGAAUCGAGCCAGAAGGGAAACAGGUUCAUUUGCUUCGUCGGCAACCUUCCCUACUCCGCUAACCGCGAAUCCUUGACCGCGCAUUUCGAGAAGAUUACGCCGGUAUCCGUCCGCGUCGCAACCGAGAAGGACAAGCCGACCAAGUGUCGUGGCUUUGGGUUCAUCGAGUUCGACAACUACGAUCGCAUGAAGACCUGUCUUAAGCUUUACCACCACUCUAUGUUUGAUGACAAGAAGUACCCGCCGCGGCGGAUCAAUGUGGAGUUGACCGCCGGCGGUGGUGGCAAGUCGGAAUACCGGAAAUCGAAGAUCGAGGCAAAGAACAAGAAGCUUUUCGAAGAGAGACAGCGGAAUGCCAAGGAGAUCACCAAGGAGAAGGAGCGCAGAGCUCACACCGAGGAGACCGGGGAAGAUGCCUUUGCGGGCGUCCACCCCAGUCGCAGAAACCGUAUGGCUUAGGAUCCACUCCUCGCCGGAUAGCGAUCAUCUAGAUCAGCCUGGGCCAAUCCUUGAAAAGAAAUGCUGUGUUUUUUGUGCUCGCUUGAAAGAUAUCCUUCUGUUCUCUGUUUCUUAUGUGCAUACUUGGAAAGUGUCAAGCAGGAUCAUAGACUUGAAG